AUGGAUUCGGAUCGGUGCUUCAGAUAUGGUGUGACUGGUGCAGACUUAUCACAAUCUUCUAAUCCCACUGUGCCACCAACCCCUGUUAGAUUGUUUGGCUCUUUGAAACUUGAUUCAAGAAACUCGCCUAAUUCGCCUUUUUUAAGUCAUUUUGAUUCUGAGACUCUUACGACUUUGAGUGACAGUCAGGACCAGUACAGUUCCUCUGAGAAUCUUUCAGGAGCUAGCGCCUCCUGUAACUCUUCACUAGAUUAUAAUCAUCAGUUUCAAGCAUUAGGACCUUUGCUGGACUGUCAGUUAGGCCCUUCGCUGGAGUUUCACCAAAAGAAUCUACUGCUUUGUUCUGGUGAUUCUACUUCUUUACAGCAUGCACGUCAUGAUCACAACAUAGAAAACACUCUGCCCGAGUUAGAGAAAAACACACUGAUGGGUCAUGAUGAUGAAGAGGAAGGGAUCAUGCCGGAUCCUUCAUUAGGGGAAAAUAAAGAGCCACAAUCAUCAGGUCCAAGGUCUACAGCCUGGAACCUGGAACAUCAGGGGUCCCAUGUGAUGCAGUUUGAUUAUGUUUUGAGGCAUGGUAAGUCAGGCGACAAUGUUCUUACUGAGAAGCGUCGCAGACAGAUGGAAGUAGCACAUUUGCAGGUUUUCCCUUCUGGUGAUCUUAAAAAAUUGCUGAUUGAUUGUGCCAGAGCUCUGUAUGACGAUACACCGGAUAAUUUUGAGAUAUUAAUUGAAAAGGCUCAGGGUGCUGUAUCUAUUAGUGGAGACCCUAUCCAGCGUCUUGGUGCCUACAUGGUGGAGGGGCUGGUGGCAAGAAAAGAGGCAACAGGCACUGCAAUUUAUCAGGCCCUUAGGUGUGCAAAGCCAGAAGGGAAGGACUUACUUUCGUACAUGCAUAUCCUGUAUGAAAUAUGCCCUUAUUUAAAGUUUGGUUACAUGGCCGCUAAUGGUGCCAUUGCUGAAGUCUGCAGGUGUGAAGAUCGCAUCCACAUCAUAGACUUUCAAAUUGCUCAGGGGACCCAGUGGAUAACUCUCUUACAAGCUCUAGCUGCUAGACCCAAUGGGCCCCCUCAUGUGCGGAUCACAGGAAUUGAUGAUCCAGUUUCUAAAUAUGCCCGUGGGGACAGUUUGGAGGCAGUAGGGAAAAGAUUGGCGGUGAUUUCUGAAAAAUUCAAUAUCCCUGUUGAGUUUCAUGCGGUGUCAGUUUUUGCUCCAUAUGUCACGAGGGAUAUGCUUGACAUAAGGCCUGGUGAAGCUCUGGCUGUAAAUUUCCCUCUGCAGCUCCACCACACCCCUGAUGAGAGUGUUGAUGUGAAUAAUCCAAGAGAUGGGCUUCUGAGGAUGGUGAAGUCACUUUCACCAAUGGUGACCACUUUGGUAGAGCAAGAGUCAAACACAAACACAGCCCCUUUCUUACCUAGGUUCAUAGAAACCCUUGAAUACUACUUGGCUAUUUUUGAGUCAAUGGAUGUGACCAUGCCAAGGGACAGGAAGGAGCGGAUUAAUGUGGAGCAGCACUGUUUGGCCAGAGACAUUGUAAACAUUAUAGCUUGUGAAGGAAAGGACAGGGUAGAACGUCAUGAGCUCCUUGGCAAGUGGAAGUCCAGAUUGAUGAUGGCAGGGUUCCGGCAGUAUCCUCUGAGCUCUUACGUUAACUCUGUAAUAAGGACCUUGUUAGGGUAUUACUCUGAUCAAUACACACUGGUGGAGAAAGAUGGAGCUAUGCUGUUGGGGUGGAAGGACCGAAACCUGAUCUCUGCAUCUGCUUGGCACUGAGGAUGAGAAAAGGGGAGCCACAUGGAGGUGGUAAUGGGCACAACCUGUAGGUUAUAGUUUUGCAAUAAUGACAUGCCUGCAUAGUACUUUAGUAUGAUAACACCCUAGUAUCAGCCAUUGGAUUAGUUUGUUGAUUCUAUGUGUUAUUGUCAUGAAAUCCACUGGCCAAAAUAUGUGAUCAUAUUUUACUUUCAUACCAUCGAUGUGUUUUCGUUUUUAUCUCUGUUGUAUAACAGGCAUACUUGUUGAGCUGUAUUUGAUAUGUAGAUCAUCACAGUUUACUCUUUUUGGUCCCCUGAAUUUCAUGAUGGAUUUGCUGUCUUUUGG